CCACAAUCAUCAAGAAAACAAAACUCGCUUUUUUAUAAUCAAAUCCUCUCAAGCUUUUUGAAAAGUCACAUCUUUGAGAAGACAAUGGCUCGUACGAAGCAAACCGCUAGGAAAUCCACCGGAGGUAAAGCUCCCAGGAAGCAACUCGCCACCAAGGCGGCGAGGAAAUCUGCACCGACCACCGGAGGAGUCAAGAAGCCUCACCGUUACCGUCCCGGAACCGUCGCACUUCGUGAGAUUCGUAAGUACCAGAAGAGUACUGAAUUGUUGAUCCGCAAGCUUCCCUUCCAGCGUCUCGUUCGUGAAAUCGCUCAGGACUUCAAGACGGAUCUGAGGUUUCAGAGUCACGCGGUGUUAGCUCUACAAGAGGCGGCUGAGGCAUACCUUGUUGGACUUUUCGAGGAUACCAAUCUUUGCGCUAUUCACGCCAAAAGGGUUACGAUCAUGCCUAAGGACAUUCAAUUGGCUAGAAGAAUUCGUGGAGAACGUGCUUAAGCUUUUUUACCUAAUUCGAUUUAGAUUUUUACGUUGAUGUAUUAGUGUGUUUGGGAUUCUUCCUUCCUUUUACUCUUUUAUUUUUACCAAGUACAUGGUGUUGUUAAUUGUUCAACUUACAGCUCCUUUUUAAGCAAUAGCAAUGAUAAAAUCUUUCCUUUCUU